AUGUUUUUCGCACUCUUCUUUGUGCUCUGGCGCAUAUGCCAGAUUACCACCUUGAUCCCCACAGUAGGCAUGCUCGCCUGGUUCGUCGACAGCUUCCAAAACGAAAACGUCCUCACCCCCAACUACAUCCUCAUCCUCUUCGUCGUCUCCGUGCUCGCCCUCGCCUGGACCAUCUUCACCGUCUUCUCCUACCACCGCUCCUCCGCCAACGCCACCUUCGUCGCCUUCGUCGACAUCGGCUUCUUCGGCGCCUUCAUCGCCGCCGUCUACUUCCUCCGGCACGUCACUCGCGUCGACUGCACCCGCGUCACCCGCGACGGCGACUGGCGCUUCUUCUUCGGGAACCUUGUCGCCGCCUCCAUUAGCGUCGAGAUUUCGAAACCUUGCUCGAUGCUCAAGGCUUGCUUCGCUUUCGGCAUCAUGAAUGUUAUCAUGUUCUUUAGCACGUCGAUUUUGGCGUGGAUGCAUGGUGAUAGGGCGUAUGAGAAGAGGGAGAGGAGUCACUCGCAUUCGAGGAGGCAUUCCCAUAGGAGUGGAAGUCGGCAUUCGCAUCGAAGUAGGAGCUCGCAUUCUAGGCAUAGGGUUUAUGUCUAG